AUGAGCUACGGUCAUGGAUAUGGUGCGCCUUCGGGCUUGCAUUCGCAGGGAUCCUAUCCUGGCCUCCAGAUGUACCCGCAUCUGGCUGAGCGUGCCCAGCAAACUGCGUCGACGAGUGCCCACAGCGCCGAAGAUGGGAAUCAGUCUUCCUUCGACUAUCUCCGCACCGCGAUCCCCGGCCUGGGCCUUGGGUACGCCGCGAGCGGGCCGGUGCAAGCCCAGCAUACGGAGAACAGCUGGGCGGCCACGCCCUCGACCUCGCAGCGAACAGCUGCCGAUGCGGAGCCAACAGGUGCGAGUGCACCCGCACAGCUGGGCGGCCCUGCAGAUGGUGGGUCGGAGGAAGGCGAACUCAGUGACGGAGAGGUCGAGGACUUGUAUGAACCGCCCGAGGUCGGAAAUGACGAGACCCUUGCCAGCUGGCCGUACGGUGGUACAAACGUAGGCGAGCGCCUUGCGGCAGCGACGGAUCAGCCGCAAGCCCACAUUCACGCGGCCCGCGAACGUUCGGGCUCAUACUCUCCCCAUCUUUCACCCCGAGAAAUUGACCACACAAGCUCUUCAACCUCCUCUGCACUCCAAGGCAACUCUCCUGCACGCACUUUUCCAUCUGCGUCUUCUGCGCCGGAUGCGCUUGGGCCUAUUAAGAAGCAAGCCCAAGAGGCAAUCCUGCGCCUUUGGCCGCUCGACGUCCGGUAUCACAACUACCUCGACGCUGGCAUUGACAGCGUCGUAUUGCAAGCCCUCUUCAAGGACCUCGGCCUGGAGCUUCCAGCCACCCCAGCGGCAAGUAGCCAUUCGAAAACGGGCGGCCAGAUCCUGCCAGUGCCCGCAUCUGUUCGUGGAGGGGGUGGGAAGGGAAAAGAAAUGGCACUGGCUCCAGCAGCAGCUGCGAAAACGACGGACAAGUCCGAAGAACGCAAGGACCGGAUAGCCAGACUGCUGGCCGCGAAAGGCUCAAAGGCCAAAGCUCCGUCAACCAAGUCAGCUGCUGCACCACUGGCGGACAAUCAACCCGCAACCAUGAAGAAACUGUCUGAAAAGUCUAAGCUGCUUCAGAAGAAGAUGGAAGCGCUGAAGAAACAGCGAGAGGCUCUGGCGCAGACUCGCGUUCACCAGGCUGAAUCAGCUGUGUCAUCGGCCGCUCAUCAAGGCACGGAGGUGACCAUGGAUGACGGCGCAGCUGCUGCAGCAAUUAGCGGAGGCCCUUCAUCAUUCACAUCCCAAGCACCCGAGUCCGCAGAAAUGUCGGGCCAACCCUCACCGUCGUCGAUUCCUGGGCUGUUUCUCUCCACUCCCACUCCCGCUUUGCUGGAUCAAGCUGGCCAGUCUGGCUCAAUGACGCCCGGCACGGCCCGCAUGGCUGCAAAGGAGUCCCAUCGACCUUUCGGUCAGAAUAGGGAGUCGCGCCCUUUCUUGAUCCACGUCAGUGACGACGAGGACGACGAAAAUGACGAUGCAGAGAUGGAAAUCGACUCCCCUGGCAUUGUCGCGUCACCCGUCCCGCGCAGUGGCAUCCCUCCGCAUUCGGCCCCCACCAAACCGGCUGGCUUCCCCGUCCCAACCCGCGGUGCUCCAAGCCGUCGUUCAGCAUCGGCCUUGACUCCGGCGAGGAACUCAGGGACCAGCAGCGGUGGAGAGGAUCUGGACAGCAUGAACAAGAAAAUCGAAGCCAUGAAACGCAAGAUUGCAGAGGCAGAGGCGCGCAAGGCGAAGCGCUCCAGGCACACGUCGCCCGCUGCCUCGCAACACAACGGCAGCUCCCGCGGCGACAGCGUGGAGUCGUCGAGCACACCAGUGGAGGCGGUUACAGGAGGCGAGCUCACGAACGGCAGCCGCACUCCGCUCAGCGACUCAGCGAUGCAUGUGUCGCCGGCUUCCAUGCCUGCCGGCAGAACUGCACGAUUUGAGGGCGCCGGGUUUGCUUUGCCCGCAUCUGAGCGGCGUAGCCGUUCUCGUGUGGCCAGCGAGCGUCUUCCGCUUCUUGAGGCUCGCCGUAGGGAGCAGCUUCUCAAGUUGAAGACGUUGCAGGCGCAAAUCGCCGCCAUCGAGCAGGAGAUUGAAGAGAGCAAGGCUGAGGAGGAGAGGCUCAAAGAGGACUUGGUUAUGACUGAAUCAGACCAGGAGCCCGACCAGUCUGCGUCAACGUUCACGCCCCUAGCCGAUGCUCAGAAACGAUCCGUCCAGUCGCCGCAGCAGGCAAUCACGAACCAGACAGAUGUGUUCGGUGCCAUGAGCGAGGAGUCUGCGGUCUCCAGCAGCGACGUGCAAGCAUUGAUUGACGAGCAAUCAGCCGCGAUCAGCGCGCCGGUCGAUGCGCCCCAGCCUGUGGCACAAUCGAGCGGAAUUGACGAACUAUCUGGGGAUGAUACGGGCGCGACGGCGCAGGAGGCUAAAGAGGACGUUCGGAUGGGAGAAGACGAGCACGACGUGGACAUGGCAGAUGCAAGCGAAUCCCCGGAUGACGUCCCGGACAAUGAGUCGGAUGACUACGAGCCCCCCGACGCUGGCGCCGCCAAGGCGCAGGCUGCAGUCUCGCCCAGCCAGAGCCUCAGUGCUGCGGAGCAAGCGAUUGUGUCCUCAGCAGAGGAGAUUCAGCACGCGACGCCCGCGUCUUUGGCUGUUGAACAAGCCGUGCCGGCCCAGCCCGGCACCGCGAACGAGGCGGCAAGAGAAGCCAAACCCGAUGCCGUCAGCUCGUCGCCGUCCGCUGCACGCUCGACCUUUGUACCGUACGAAACGCCAUUGCAGUACUUCCACUCGUAUCGGUUCCAUCCCGGGUUCGGACAGACGGUGGCCGGUGGGCUCCGAUCUCUAACGUACAGCAAUAAGAUUGAUGCGCGCAGAGAGGUGUGCCCUGACCAGCUCGCUGGAAGACCAUGCCCUCGGGGCGAGAGGUGCGAGUUCCAGCAUUUCGAGACGAUGCGGGUAGCAGACGACCAGAUCCUACUCCAGCUGGGAGGCACAGGAAACUUUGACGAUGCGCAGAAGCAGCAGUACAUAGCGGGCCUGCGUGAGCUGCUGACAGACUUUCGGAACCGCAAGGUAAAAGACUUCAACACAAUCAGCCAGGGCAUCGUCGAGUAUCGGGCCCGCUUCCAGGGCGACAAGUCCAAGAUCUUGCCGCUCGGCAACGUCACCAUCUGA